GAGUGUCAAACUGCUGCUGGUCUCAUUGGAUCCAGCUGCAGGAUGGAGGGAACAUCUGUCCACAGGCUGCUGGCUCUGAUCUUUCUGCUGAGCCGCUCAACAAACCAAGUUCAUCUGACUGUGAGUCCCAGCAGAUCUCAGUUCUUUCAAUAUGAAUCAGUGACUCUGAUCUGUGAGGAUGAGAACAGAUCUGAUGGAUGGACUGUGAGGAGAAACACAAGCAGAGGAACCAGAACUGAGUGUAAAGAUGGAUGGGGGAAAUUAAAUGGUUCUGUUUGCAAUAUGAACUACAUGCAGCCAUCAGACUCUGGUGUGUACUGGUGUGAGUCCAGGUCUGGAUCCUCCAGCAGCAGCAGCAUCCAGCUCUCUGUCUCUGGUGGAUCAGUGAUCCUGCAGAGUCCUGUCCUCCCUGUGAUGGAGGGAGAUGAUGUCACUCUAAGCUGCAGAGCAAGGAAUCCAACCCACAACCUCCCAGCUGCUUUCUAUAAAGAUGGCUCCUUCAUUGGUGAUGGAUCAUCAGGUCACAUGACCCUCCUCCAUGUUUCCAGCUCUGAUGAAGGCCUCUAUAAAUGUAACAUCAAUGUCAUGGAGGUCAUCUCAUCCAGCAGGAUCUCUGUCAAAGGUCAGAGGUCAGCAGCUUCAGUUUCAGAUCUAAACACUUUCUCUCCAAUAUUGAACUGA